AUGGAGCGUAGAAGGACUCUAUAUGAUUACUUAGUCUCAAUCCGUCAACUUGAUCCCGAGAUUAGGAGAACUUUGCGCCUCCAGAAUAAUUUGACCAACUGGCGUUUGGCUGCAGCCAGAGCUCGAGUUGGUCCGAGACUGCUACUACAGCCGAUCAAACGUACUACGACUUUACGCGAAUGUGCUCAUGAUCAAGGCAUAGCAUAUUCAAAUACUGACGCACCACUGGAUGCGGACGAAAAUGUCGGUGUUCACGACGAAGAUGAACCUGCAAGCUCCAUCGUGAGUGGGCUUUUGUCCCUCCCUCUCGAGCUUCAUUUUAUGCUCCUCGAGCAUUACUUCGACGCUAGGGAUCACAGCGCCCUCGCCGGUGUUUGCAAACUAUGGAACCACAUCAUGAAGACUUCUAGAAUUGCUCGAGCCAAGCGAUAUGUCAGCUACCACGAUGACGAUAAGGCUGCCAGCAGCUCACCUUCAGCUCGCCCCAAAAUAGGCAUUCCUAGGAACUUUAAAGUCCACAUCGCACUUCUAAUAGGUCACAGUCAACAAUACUUCUUCAAGGAUAGUCCCAGCGUACAAGAUAAAGGGUCCUCUAUCUCUGAGGAUGCUUAUCGCUUCGGUCUGAAAGGCCGAUAUCCAGGGCUGAACACCUUCGCGGAGGAUCCGCUCUUUGUUUUCCCAGAUCAUGACCAGAACUCGGACAAGGAACCCAAAGCCAAGAGCAAGAACGACCAAACCCAGAAGUUGUCCAAUGAUCAGGACAAAACUGCUGCCGAAAAUACUUCCGGUGAAGAUGCAUCAUCUGAUCAUGACCUUCCGGAAGAACCAAAGAUAUCGUUCUCACAGUCAUUUAUAUACAAGUAUCAAACCAUAGGCAUGUUCCCAUCAUUACUUGGAGCCGGAAUCCACGGUGCCGCCAAACGUAUAACCCUCACAAAAUCGAGUAAAUUGAGCGACUACACAAAAGCCCUCAUCGCUGAGAUGAAAGAGCUCGCCAAAAACGCUAGAGAAAAACGAUGCUCCGAGCUCACAAGAUCCACCAGCGAUAAGCAGAUGAUAUCGUUGUGGGAGCGUCUCACGGCGACUGAUGGGGAAUUUCUAGUUCAAGUUAAUAACUUUUGCAUGAUAUAUGAUGAACACAGGCUCGAUCUUAGGAUGGACGCGAAUCAACUUUAUGAUUUCUCCUCGGACCCCUCGAACAAUGAUUUAUUCUUUGACAAGGCAAUCGCCCUUUUAGAUCUAAAUGUUCUUCCCCCUUCACGUUUAUCUACCCGCCACCCAUUCAGCGAUUCUGAGGACGACGAAUGA